AUGGCGGACAAUUUUCCGGAUUUAGGCGAAGAAGAUGAUCAAGUUGACGAAGAAGAUAUUGUUCGAUACUAUUUUUUUAAAGGCUUUACAUACGAAGAAAUUCGAAUGUUCUUGCAGAGAAAUCAUGGUCUUGAAAUAAGCAUUACAACGCUGAAACGGCGUAUAAAAGCCUAUGGUCUCCGAAGGCGAGAGCCAGACUAUGAUGUUAAUGAAAUAAGAGCAGCUAUAGAGGAUAUUGUUGAUGGUUAUGGCAGUACGCAAGGCUACAGGGCAGUAUGGCACACAUUGCAGCUAAAAGGGUUACGUGUUCCUCGUAUUGUUGUACAAGAAAUUCUUAAAGAAAUUGAUCCAGAAGCAACUGAAAUGAGAAGAGCUCAUCGCCUUAAAAGGAGGGUAUACCACAAUCCUGGGCCAAAUUACGCGUGGCACUGCGAUGGCUAUGACAAAUUAAAACCCUACGGAUUUCCAAUCCAUGGCUGUGUUGACGGAUGGAGCAGGAAGGUAUUGUGGUUAUAUGUUACCAGAUCAAACAACCAACCUGAUAAUAUUGCAAAAUUUUAUCUUGAUGCUGUUGAAGAGUUUGGUGGGUGCCCUGUUGAUCUGGUCACAGACCUGGGCACUGAAAAUGGAACAAUGGCAGCUAUUCAAGCUUUCUUCAGAGACGAUCCCAACAGCCAUCGAUACGUACCAUCGCCCCGUAAUCAACGAAUUGAGGCAUGGUGGGGUCUCUUGCGAAAGUCUUGCACGACAUGGUGGAUCAACUUCUUUAAAGACUUGGUAGCACAAAGAACCAUUGAUCUUGCCUCAGAGUUGGACAUGGAAUGUCUAUGGUUUUGUUUUGCAGAAUUAAUCCAGAAGGUCUUGAACGAAAUAAAAGAACACUGGAAUACGCAUUAUAUACGUAAGUCACGUCAUGAUACCGUAAGUGGCCGGCCAGAUUCAUUGUAUUACCUGCCCCACUGUCAUGGUGGCGGCAACCAUUUUAUUAUGCCAAUUCCCGAGGCUGAAGUUCAUUAUGCUCGUGCACAUGUUAUCGAUUUGCAGGAUGACAACAUUCACCAAGAUUAUUUCAAUUAUGCUUUGCAAGCUAGUAAUCAUAACAAACCAACCAAUUGGAGAGAGGCUCUUGAACUUUACAAUGUUCUCAAGCAAUGUGCAUAUAACGGGAUCCACUGA